UAAGCAUAUUAGGGUGAUCAUAGAAAAAAGUAAAGAGAGAGUGGAGAGAUAUGGCGGCUGAUAGGAGAGUUGGGAUUGCUGUGGAUUUCUCUCCAAGCAGCAAGAAUGCGUUGAAAUGGGCUGUGGAUAACGUUAUCCGGAAAGGGGAUCAUCUUAUACUUGUUGCCGUUCGACCUGAAGGUCAUUAUGACGAAGGCGAUCAGAUACAGCUUUGGGAAGCCACCGGUUCACCUUUAAUCCCAUUAAGUGAAUUCUGUGAUCCAAUUAUCAUGAAGAGGUAUGGAGUAAAGCCAGACCCUGAAACUUUGGAUAUUGUCACCACUGCUGCUAGGCAAACCCAAAUUGAGGUGCUGAUGAAGAUAUACUGGGGUGAUCCUCGUGAGAAGUUAUGUGAGGCCAUUGAUACCAUCCCUCUUAGCUGCAUAAUUGUAGGAAAUAGAGGGCUUGGCACGCUUAAGAGGGCUAUAAUGGGCAGUGUAAGCAACUAUGUAGUGAACAAUGCUUCCUGUCCUGUUACUGUGGUGAAGCAUCAUGUUUAAGGAUUGUUUUUCAUUGCGUUUGAGGUUUUAAAAGUAUUUUUCAUAGUAGAAGUAAUAAAGAAUAGUUGAGAUAUGUAGCUUGAUUUAUGUUUUAUUGAAUGGGAUUGUAUGUAUGGAAGUAAUUAAAGCUUUUGUUGAAGGUGAACACACUUCAUCUUGUUGUAUAUUGAGAUGGGUGUUUGUGUAAACUAGACUUACCAAUUGAGUGAUGUGAGAAUAAAUUGUGUAGGCAGUUUCUAGGAACUGCUGGUUCUAACA